AUGCCUUUCCGCAUCACAGGUUGUCACACUCGCAUCAGCAACAUUGUGACAGCUGAAUUAUCUCGCCGUGAUGCUGAGAAGCAUUUGGCAAACGUACGAGGCCUCCUGGGCGAACUAGAAAACAUCCACGACCGUAUAAUCGAGCUGAUAGAUGACGACGACGUUCUGACCCAACAAAAUGUGCAGCAUCUGACAUAUGCCAAGGUCGUCGACAACUGCUCAUCGUUAGUGGAAAAUUACCUUCUUAUACGCCAAGACGAUGAUCCCUCGGUAGUCAUCGAGACCCCAGAGGAGAUUGCACGACGGCAGGCAUUGCAAACAGCCGAGCAACGUUUACGAGAGGCCCGAAUUGAACUCGCAACCGCUGAGCAAGCUGUCAUUGACCUUGGAGGUACAGUUUCACCCACAGAUGGAUCGGAGGUGAAUCCAUCCGACUCCGUGUCGAGUGUUGGGAACAAACCGACCAAUGGAAUUGAUUUUGAUCCAGUUGACUCUACCCAAGCACCGGACGCGUGGAUAGACGUCUAUUUGACCGGAAGAGAGAAACCGCAUGUCCGAGAAAAGGGAGGCAAGUCGUCCGUGACGGUGCAGCUGGAGGUGUACUCGGGUCGAGCACUGGAUUGGUUCUCGUGGAUCAGUAUGUGGUACGCUCUUGUCCACAUUACCGGCAAGACCGCUAGUGAGAAACUCGCCAUCCUGAAAAACUUUCUGAAGGGAGAUUUGGCUGACAUUGUGCACGGCCAUGGAGGCGGCGAGUCCGGCUACAAGGAGGCCCUGCAACGAUUAAGGAGCACCUGUGGCAACCGUACUGUUAUCCGAGCAGCCCAUUUGCAAGCACUGGAUCGAAUGGAGGCUCCAAAAAACGACCCUCAAUCCUUCAAGCGUUUUGCCGAACGUGUCAGGACCCACCUUUUUAAUCUCUCGACCAUCGGGAAGAGCGGGCAUGCAGAUAUAAUUGAAAGAUUGGCCCUUAAGCUGCAAUUGACUGACCGUCUGGAGUGGAAUCAUGGACGGGGAGAGGAUCUUGAACGCCGAACCAUUAAUGAUUUUGGUCGGUGGUUAACUACGAGAGCCGUUGCAUACCAAAAUGCCUACGCCAUUGCUGAUUAUCAACAACAUCCGGCUCCUCCCGCAGCAAGAAACCACAAUCCAUACUCGCAUCCGUCGCAUCAUAGACAUCCACACCAGCAGAAGAGGAGCGCACACACAUUUCAUGGAGCAUUCACCUCCCAAAAGGAACAUGGCUCAACUGAGCGCAAGGAGAAGAGACCGGCUGAAACGCAUUGCUUUAAGUGUGAAGGAGCGCAUCGCCUCGAAGAUUGUACCUUCUUCAAAGAGCUUCCCGUCAGCGAUCGACUGACUUUUACCCAACGUCGAGGGUUGUGCUAUGGUUGUUUCGGUGUCCGUCACGGGGCCAUGAACUGCACUUUCAAGAAGGCGUGUGGCGUCAAUGGGUGUAAGCUGUCCCAUCAUAAACUUCUCCCCAAAGAUACCGGUCCGGUGGAAAGAAAUGUCCGGCUACACGCUUUACGUUCCGAUCGGCGACAGAUUGCAUUCAAGAUGCUCCGUUUAGAUGCCCUCGACGCCGACGGGGAGACGGUGCCCGUCAAUAUUCUAAUGGAUGAUGGUAGCGAUGCAACUCUCAUCCGCGAGGGACUGACGCGUCGACUCCGGCUUGCUGGCCAGCGCCAGACCUUAUUUGUAGGAGGCGUCGGUGAAGAAUCCUCCGUCCAUGUGAAUUCCGAGUAUAUCGAGUUGCAGUUAAGGACCUCGUCAGGAGAAAUAGUGCCGAUCCAGGGGUCCACUAUACCCUCUAUCACGAAACCAGUAGCCGUGAUGGCGUGGGAGAAACUACGAGGUAGAUGGAACCAUUUCGCCGACUUACCACCGCUACGAGACUGUGGUGGCCGCGUAGACAUCUUGAUUGGUUUGGACCAUGCAGCCCUUAUAACCGCGAGUGAGUCGCGAUUCGGCAAAGAUGACGAGCCGACCGCAUCAAAGACUCGACUUGGAUGGACGCUACAAGGAGCAGUGGUGACCAGCGGCGGACCCGAUAUCGUCCGGAUUCAUCAUGUGCAGACAUCAGCUGAUCCUACUCUUCAACUAGCCGAGCAAGUCCGACGGUUCUGCGACACAGAGUCGUACGGUACCGAGUUCAAGUCGGAAUGUAUGUCAGCUGAACACCAGAGGGCGGUGACCAAGUUGGAGACGGAGACCGAAAAGCUGAGUGUGGGAUAUGCAGCGCCAGUACUUUGGAUUGACGACGCCCCUCCUGAAAUCCCUGAUAGCCGCCGUACUGCCGAAACAAGAUUGAAGAGUUUGCGGAACAAAUUUGCCCGCAACCCAGGGGAUUACGAGGCUUACUACCGUGCAGCUAUGGAAAAAAAUUUCCGUGAAGGGUACGCCCGACGGCUCACGCCGGAAGAAAUUCAGCGGAGUCCAAGCAGGUAUUUCCUCCCGCACUUCGGGGUGCCGAAAACGGCCGGGCGGCCAGAGUUACGUCUCGUGUUUGAUGCGGCCGCAAAAACGCACGGAAGGUGUUUGAACGAUUUUGUAACCAGUGGUCCUGCGCUACAGAACCCCUUGCCUGCCGUUUUGAUUCGCUUCAGAGAGGGAGCGAUCGCCUGGUCAGCGGAUAUCGGAGCCAUGUUUAGCCGGAUUCGUUUAAAAGAGGCUGAUCGCCCAUACCACAGAUUCUUAUGGCCCGAAGAGGACGGGACCAUAUCGACGUGUGAAAUGACCAGAGUAACUUUUGGUGUGACUUGCUCCCCCUACGUCGCCAUCCGAACCACUUGGCGAGCAGCAGAUGACGCUGGGCCGGAUAUGAAGGAGGCGGCCGAUGGUGUCAGAGAAGACAUCUAUGUCGACGAUUAUCUGGCCUCGACUGGCAGACUUGAGGACGCUGUAAGAAAAGCCACUGGUGUAAAGAAGGUUUUGGAAGGCGGCGAUUUCCACCUGGGACACUGGGUUUCGAAUAGCAGUCAACUAUUAGCGGCAGUCCAGUCGGUUGCGGAGAAUGGGGCCUCUGGCAAGACCCCAACGUGCAGACUCAGUGAUGAUCCUGACUUGAUCCUGGGAAUUGUGUGGAAUCCCUCCACUGAUAACCUGGGAUUCCGAGUGAAGGUGUCCAGUGUGAAGUACACCAGAGUGGGGUUACUGGCCCAAGUAGCCGGAUUGUUCGACCCUUUAGGGACAGCCACCCCGAUGACUGUUAAGGCUAAUAUUAAACUACGGGAGCUAGGUGUGAAGGGGCUCCAGUGGGACGAUCCUGUGAUUGGUGAAGAGAAAGUGUGGUGGGAGCAAUACUUUCCAGAAGAUCGGACGUCUGAAGGAGAUCGAGCUUCCCCGCUGUCUCUUCCCAAGGGUGGAAGAGAUAGUACGGACCGAACUGCACACUUUCGCGGAUGCGUCCGAAGAGGCGUGUGCCGCGUCCUGUUAUACUCGUGUGGUAUAUCAGGAUGGCCGAGUGCUAGUCCGGCACGUCAAGACGGCUACCAAGCUUGCUCCUUUAAAAACAGUCUCCGUUUGUAA